AUGUUGGUAUCGCUAACCGAGUACCUACGAUCGGCCGCGCGUCGCGCAUUGGACACCGUACCUUUAGACGUCCGAUUAAUUCAACGUUUCGCUAAUAUAUUAUAUGCUAUAUCAAGUCAUCAUGAAAUUAAUUCAAAAACAUUUAAAUUGUACACUUUGGAAACAGCUAAACUUUAUGUUAGCCUUUAUCCUUGGUAUUACAUGCCCAGUAGUGUCCAUAAAAUACUAAUACAUGGUGCAGAUAUUGUACAUUAUGCAUUAUUGCCAAUGGGACAACUUUCUGAAGAAGCAGCUGAAGCUAAAAAUAAGGAUUUGCGUAAAUACAGAGAGCAUCACUCUAGAAAAUGUUCGAGGUUAAAUACAAAUGAAGACAUCCUCCAUAUGUUGCUCGUGUCUUCUGAUCCAUAUUUGUCGACAAUGAGAAAAUUACCGACAAGAACUAUAACCCAAUUGCCGGAUGAAGUUCAUGAAGAAUUUAGUGAAACUGAGGGUAAAACAGAUAAAACAGAUGAAGAUUUAUAA